AGCCUCAACGCUUCACCCCAUGUGUUAAAAACUACAGCAGCACUCCGUCGCACACUUGAUGACGCAGAUGACGUCAGAACGUGUAGACACGGGACAGGAAGAGGCGCAGAGCAAUACAACAGAAAAAAAAACAAGAUGGCAACGGGAGCAGAUCACGGGCUGAAAAGAAUCGUGUGGAAAAGAAUACAAGAUACAAUUAUUACAGACUGCAGGAAAUCGGACGUAUGGAAGAUAUUGAUUCUGGACCCCUUUACCACCAAGCUCCUCUCAACAUGCUGCAAAAUGUCAGACCUGAUGUUAGAAAAAAUAACAAUUGUGGAGGACCUGUACAAAAAAAGAGAGCCUGUUCCAGAAAUGAAGGCCAUCUACUUCAUGUCACCAACGACUACGUGUGUGGAUGCCUUUAUUGCAGACUUCAAGCCCAAACCUAAAUAUAAAGCAGCAUAUGUUUAUUUCACCGACUACUGUCCUGAUGACCUGUUUAACAACAUGAAGCGGUCCUGUGCGACGUACAUACGAGUCUGUAAGGAGAUAAACCUGUCCUUUAUGCCACAAGAGGCACAAGUGUUCACAUGUAAUAAUCCGGGGGCUUUCCAAAGCAUCUACAGUCCCCACAGUCGGGACAAAACAAAGACACUGGAGACGCUCGCAGACCAGCUCGUCACGCUCUGUGCCACGUUGGACGAGUAUCCGGGGAUUAGAUACAAGAAAGACGGCAACAUGGAGAACGCCAAGGCCUUUGCAGAGCUGGUGGACAAAAAGUUGGCCAGACACUAUGAGCUGGAGGAGGACAGCAAGAAAAAGGAAAAGACUCAAGCCCAGCUGCUCAUAGUGGAUAGAGGUUUUGACCCCGUCAGCCCCAUCCUGCAUGAGCUGACCUACCAGGCCAUGGCUUACGACCUCAUUGAUAUCCAGAGCGACACCUACAAGUACAAGGCUAAAGAUAAAUCAGAGAAGCAGGCCUUGCUGAAUGAGGACGACUUGCUCUGGGUUAAGCUGAGGCACAAGCACAUUGCUGACGUCUCUGAACUAAUCCGCAAGUUGGUGAAGGAGAUUUCUGCUAACAAGAAGCAGCCAGAUGCGAAGAUCACAAUUAGCAGUUUGGCCGAGAUGAUGAAGAAGAUGCCUUCAUUCCGUAAACAAGUGACGGAGAAAACGAUUCAUCUGCAGUUGGCCGAGGACUGCAUGCAUCAUUUUUCAAACAACGUGGAGAAACUCUGCAAAGCUGAGCAGGACCUUGCACUGGGGUCAGACGUUGAGGGGGUGAAGGUGAAAGAUUCCAUGAGGACUCUGCUGCCAGUGCUGCUCCACCCGUACAGCACCCACGACAAGAUCAGAGCUGUGCUGCUCUACAUCUUCAGCGUCAACGGGACAACUGAGGAGAACUUAAACAAGCUUAUUCAGCAUGUAAAGAUUGAGGAAGAUCAAGAGUUCAUCCUGAACUGGAAAGAACUGGGGGUCCCUAUCAUCACGUCUCCUAGUUUCUUCUCCCGCAAAACAAGCAGGCGCAAUCGCUCCCAGGAUGAGACCUACAACCUCUCCAGAUGGACUCCCGUCAUAAAAGAUGUGAUGGAGGAUGCUGUGGAGAACAAGCUGGACACCAAAGAGUGGCCCCACCAGUCUGAGUGUCCUGCUGCCUGGAAUGGCUCUGGAGCUGUCAGUGCCCGUCAGAAGCAAAAAAACAGUGCUGCGGACGAACGCCGGACCGGCUCACGCCUCAUUGUUUUUGUUCUGGGAGGAAUCAGCCACUCUGAGAUGCGCUGUGCCUACGAGGUCACACAGGCAGUCAAAUCCUGCGAGGUCAUCAUUGGGUCCUCUCACAUAUUGACCCCAACUAGUCUCCUGAAUGACAUCAAGACUCUGAGCAAAGCCCCCAUGGAGACUUUUACAAUAGAGGAAAAGGCCUGAGAGGCCCAGGUCAACCACUCCCCAUGUGCCCCACCUCCCCACCUCCCUACAUCCUAUUGCACUCAGCACUGUGGCCUCAACUCAAAUUUAAGCAUGGAAGUCUGAAGGGAAUUUACUUUACACCCAUCUUUGUGUUUUAAUACUCUUUCUAAACCUGGUGCACGUUUCAGUAGAGAUGAGGUGAAAUCUUUUAACUAGGUCGACCAGUAAGAUCUUGGUCUUCUUAUGGCACGUAGUUAAUUGUCAUUUGAAUAUACAGAUAUUAUUAAAAGUGAAUUCAUCUCAUCCUACUGUAAGCAAUAUAUGUAAAAAUUGUUUAAUCUGCCAUUCUGGGGAUGCACUGUCCAUAAAAGAGAUUAUAGUUCUGUUAAGUGUAGAAAGCCUCAAAGACAGAAUGGCGAUAAGAAAUAGCACAACUCUGAUGUAUCUACUGUUUGUAAGCACAAACUGCCUACUGUGUCAUUCUGAUUUUUUCAGCUUCACUUUAUGUAAUUGUGAAGUGCUUUUAAACACAUAAUAUUUACGUUUUGUUAAUUGAACAACUGACUAAUAAAUGGAUGAAGUGGUUCAAAUAAUAGUUAAUGUUGAGUAUUGUAAUUUAUAAGUGCCUACAUUAAGAUCUGAUUCUAGAUAUUUAACUUGCAUUUACUGCAGUCCAUUAAACAUGAAGUUUGACAAAUUGGUAAGUUGGAAACAAAACCUAUUAACUUUAGAAGAUAUGUGCAUGUCUUCAUAAGACCCAAUUUACCUAAUGUAUUAGAAUACCCUGUAAAUAUACCAAAGUACUACAACUUUGAAAAUAUAAACAUGGGAUAUAAGCAUGUCCAAAUUCUCAAAUUGGGUUCUCUGUUAGACAUGUGAGGUGUUAUCGCUUUGAGAAGAAUGGAUAUUGUGUAUUGUUCUUUUACACGAAUGGGAAAAUAAAGAUAUAUAUUUGAGCUGUGA